GAGAUGAGAAGUAUUUUAACUAUGAUGAAAAUAGUGAAUUUGGGCCUGAACACUGGGGAGAGCUGGAUCCAGAUUGGGCAGCAUGUAAAGAUGGAAAGAAGCAGUCACCAAUAGAUAUAAAUCAUAAGAAUAUUAAAGAGAAUUCUAGUAUUGGAAGUUUGAUGACAUUUUAUAACAGCACCUAUGCAAUUAUGCAAAAUAGGGGUUACGAAAUAAGGAUUAACUGGACUGAAGGGACAAGACUUGGUGCAGGAUUUCUUUUGAUUGAUGGCAAGGCCUAUGUUCUUCAACAAUGUCACUGGCACUCACCUGCUGAGCAUAAAUUUUUGGGCCGGAG